UUUAUUAUCUGUACGCAAUGGGAUAGACAAUAUUAAAGUAGAAGAUAUUAAAGCCAGUCCAACUAUUGCUUCUGAAUAUGAAGAAUUUAAUCAUUUAAUGCAAGAAACUGAACUUUAUGUACCA